CAAGCUUGACAGCAGGAGCGCAGCGCUCUGUCCUCCUCCUCGGCUGCAGUUCAAGUGUGCACCGGGAAAACGUGAAAACGGGGACGUCUGGAUUGAAUAUGGCUGGAAAACCUGCGGAUUUAAAAGAUGGGCAAAGUGGAUAAGUGACGGCUGCAGGGGGAGCGUGUGUUUUCUGUUGUUGUUGUUUGUCUCUCUCGCCACAAGGUGUGAGGAAUGGAUGUGGGUCAGAUGACAGUUUCUUUUUCCUACGGAUGCAAAGACUGGCAAGUUAUCAGCAUGAAUCACCGAGGGCAGGAAAACUGAUAUCAAUGUUCAACUGGACUCUGGAGCGAGGACCAUGGCGAAAGGGAAGGGACUGUCAUUCCCACUGCUCUUCUUGGUGGCAGAGUUUUGGCUCAGUUCGCAGCAAGUCCUGAGAAUCGGGGGCAUCUUUGAAACGCUCGAGAACGAGCCCAUUAGUGUUGAAGAGCUGGCCUUUAAAUUCGCUGUGACCAACAUCAACAGAAACCGGACCUUGAUGCCAAACACCACGUUGACCUACGACAUCCAGAGAAUAAACCUGUUUGACAGUUUUGAGGCUUCGAGGAGAGCCUGUGACCAGCUGGCUCUGGGCGUCGGAGCCGUGUUCGGCCCGUCCCACAGCUCGUCCGUCAGUGCGGUCCAGUCUAUCUGCAACGCCCUGGAGGUCCCUCACAUCCAGACCCGCUGGAAGCACCCGUCAGUGGACAACAAGGACAGCUUCUACAUCAACCUCUACCCAGAGUACGCCUCCAUAAGCCGAGCCGUGCUGGACAUAGUGCAGUUCUACAAGUGGAAGGCGGUCACCGUGGUCUACGAGGAUGCAACUGGGCUGAUCCGUUUGCAAGAGUUGAUCAAAGCUCCGUCCAGAUACAGCAUCAAAAUCAAGAUCCGCCAGCUGCCGACGGGGAGUAAAGACGCCCGUCCUCUGCUGAAGGAGAUGAAGAAGGGGAAGGAGUUCUUCGUCAUCUUCGACUGCUCCCACCAAACCUCUGUGGACGUUCUCAAGCAGAUCAUGUCCAUGGGGAUGAUGACUGAAUAUUACCAUUUCUUCUUCACCACACUGGACCUCUUCGCCCUCGACCUGGAGCCGUAUCGCUACAGCGGCGUCAACAUGACGGGGUUCAGGCUGCUCAACGUGGACAACCCUCAGGUGGCCUCAGUGGUGGAGCGCUGGGCCAUGGAGCGGCUGCAGGCGCCCACCAAGGCGGAGAAUGGAAUGAUGGAGGGCAUGAUGACAACCGAAGCGGCGCUGAUGUACGACGCCGUCUACAUGGUGGCGGCCGCCUCGCAGCGCGCCUCCCAGAUCACCGUCAGCUCCCUGCAGUGCCACCGACACAAGCCCUGGCGCUUCGGCUCGCGCUUCAUGAACAUGCUCAAAGACGCACAGUGGAACGGCCUGACGGGACAAAUAAUUAUAAACAAGACAGAUGGCCUGCGGAAGGAAUUUGAUUUAGAUGUCAUCAGCCUAAAGGAGGACGGCUUGGAGAAGAUGAUCGCAGGCAACAGCCGCCUGAAUAAAGUGUGGAAGAAGAUCGGCGUGUGGAACUCCCAGAUGGGCCUUAACUUAACAGAAAGCAGCAGGGACUCCACCCAGAAUGUCACCGAUUCAAUGGCCAACCGGACUCUCAUUGUUACCACCAUUCUGGAAAAUCCCUAUGUGAUGUAUAAGAAAUCGGACAAGCCGCUGUACGGCAACGACCGCUUCGAGGGCUACUGUCUGGACCUGCUCAAGGAGCUCUCCAACAUCCUGGGCUUCUCCUACGAGGUGAAGCUGGUGUCGGACGGCAAGUACGGCGCCCAGAACGACAAGGGGGAGUGGAACGGCAUGGUGCGAGAGCUCAUAGACCACGUGGCCGACCUCGCCGUGGCCCCGCUCACCAUCACCUACGUGAGGGAGAAGGUCAUCGACUUCUCCAAGCCCUUCAUGACGCUGGGCAUCAGCAUCCUCUACCACAAGCCCAACGGCACCAACCCGGGGGUCUUCUCCUUCCUCAACCCGCUCUCUCCGGACAUCUGGAUGUACGUGUUGCUGGCGUGUCUCGGCGUCAGCUGCGUGCUCUUCGUCAUUGCCAGGUUCACUCCGUAUGAGUGGUACAACCCUCACCCCUGCAACCCAGACUCGGAUGUGGUUGAAAACAACUUCACUCUGAUAAACAGUAUCUGGUUUGGUGUUGGAGCCCUUAUGCAGCAAGGGUCCGAGCUGAUGCCCAAGGCCCUCUCCACCAGGAUCGUCGGUGGAAUAUGGUGGUUCUUCACUUUGAUCAUAAUCUCCUCAUACACUGCCAACCUGGCUGCCUUCCUUACAGUGGAGAGGAUGGACUCGCCGAUCGACUCCGCCGAUGACCUGGCCAAACAAACCAAAAUAGAGUACGGUGCUGUGAGAGACGGCUCCACCAUGACCUUUUUUAAGAAAUCCAAGAUUUCAACUUACGAGAAAAUGUGGGCGUUCAUGAGCAGCAGGAAAAACACAGCCUUAGUGAAAAACAACCGAGAGGGGAUCCAGAGGGUCCUCACCACAGACUACGCUCUCCUGAUGGAGUCCACCAGCAUCGAGUACAUCAGCCAGCGCAACUGCAACCUCACUCAGAUCGGAGGCCUGAUAGAUUCCAAGGGCUACGGCGUGGGAACGCCUAUCGGUUCCCCUUACAGGGACAAAGUCACCAUCGCCAUCUUGCAGCUUCAGGAGGAGGGGAAGCUGCACAUGAUGAAGGAGAAAUGGUGGCGGGGCAACGGCUGCCCAGAGGAGGACAGCAAGGAGGCCAGCGCCUUGGGGGUGGAGAACAUAGGGGGGAUCUUCAUCGUGCUGGCAGCCGGCCUCGUCCUCUCCGUCUUCGUGGCAAUCGGGGAGUUUAUUUACAAAUCCAGAAAAAACUUGGACAUCGAGGAGGUGAGCGUUGGCCAGUGCGAAUGGCACAACAAGUAUUGACCCGGCGGGCGGGUCGAGCCCAGACUGUUAUGAACCUUCCGCUCGCGUGUGUCGUCGUCGCCGUCGUCGUGGGAGGACGCGUCGAACUGCACAACGUGACGAGUUUUCGCCUCCUCGGCGGAUUUGACUGGGGGGAACACACGGGUCCCUCUUAACGACGACAUCACAACACCUCUCGACCAUCUUGGCCUUGAUGUUUUUUUCGCAAAAAAACUCUGACAGUGUAACAUUGUUUUGUGUGAAAAAGUGUUGUCGAGCCUUGACGUUGUGGGUACGUGGUUCCUCUCGAGGUUUGAAACGGUUGUGUAGUCACACGUUUGCUCUUUCAGUAUUUAUAGCGCACACAAACCGACGUAACAGAACUUUCGUAUGUACUCGCGUAUUUCAAACACUAUUUACUGAUGCUUGUUUCCAGUUUGUGUAUGAAUGACUGCUCCCUCCAGAUUUAUUUCACCAGACUGCUCGGUGUCUAUACUUUUUUUUCUUGUUGAUUUUGUAACAUAUACAUUUUGUCAUGUUGAUUCGCUUCAGAAUGACUAAAGUUAUGUGAGAACGUUUUAUCUUUAAA